AUGGCAGAUAAAACUGAGCAAACUCAAGUACCAGUAACAAGUGAAAAGAAGAAGGACCCUAGGAGAGUAGCUGCAGGGAAGCGAUUAGCGGCAAUCAGUAAGAUAGCCAAGGAGAGGAAAAAGAAACAGGCGGAAUCUGAUGAGUCGUCUAGUGGUAGCAGCAUGAUCACAUACGUAGGGAUAGCUAUUGCAUUCAUCACCCUAGUCAUAACAUUCAGGAUGAACCAAAGGGAAGAGAAAGCACUUGAACUUAAGUAUACACCACCAACUGUAACAAUAGAAAAGCAGCCUGACAGAUCCACUAUGGACACCCUUGGUGACACAUUAAACAUACUAUAUAUUAUAACAAGAUGAGUACAGAAUCAAAGAUGAGCAAGGAAGUGUACGACGCAGUGUUACUUACAGCAGGAGCAGUUGGUAUAUCAAUGGCAUCAAAGAAAAUAUUGAAAGAACCCUUAGGUACCCCAGAGAAUGUGAAAGGAAUGUUGAAGUUAGCGGUGUCAGUUAGUCUAUCAUACCUACUGGUCUCUUACCUGAAAGAAAAGAAGCAUCUACCAGAUGAUCCAUUCAAAACCUAGGUAGAAUUAUACAAUGGCUGGGGCAGUUGCAGGAGGACUCUUCAAUGCAUUUGCUUUUGCAGGAGCAGGAUACCUAUUUAAGAUGUUUGACAAGAACGGAUACGCUGAGGAAGCCAAAAGACAUAACAUGGCUAUGGAGACCCUCACAGCUGAAAAGAGAGAAGUACCUUGAAGAGGUAACCGAUAGGAGAAACAAGAUAGCCCAACUAAGGGAAGAACUAGCUGAAGCAAAUAGUGAUAUCAAGUCAACGAACCAAUCACUGGAGCUAGUUAGGAAAAUCGGUGAGCUAACACGUAAGACCUACCAAGGAAACCGCAACUAAGCAACCACUACAAACCUAGCCCCGAAAUGGAAAAAUACAUGGCACUCUUUGGUUUACUUGUAGGGGGAGCGGUGGGAGGGGCAACCUACUUAAUGCUAUGAUAAAUUAACAGUAUUUUUUACAGCUCUAUUAGUAUAGGGGAAUGGAGUGGUUAUGCGAGGUAACACCGGAGGAAAUACAAAAGGUAGGCAGGAAGACAAAUACAAUGAAAGAACUAGAGACAGCAGUAAGGAAGUACGUACAGGGGAGAAUAAAGAGGAGAAACCCAUACGAUCCUAUAUGUAGUGAGUGUGGAAGUAAAUCCAUCAUUAUAAUAGAUCUAGAUGGGGCCGACACAUGUACAGAAUGUGGAGUCUGUGAGAUGAACGACUUCUCGCACUAUGUCAGCUAAAACUAUAAUAAGGACGACUAGCUUAAGAAGAAGACUUCACAUAAUAGGGUACGUUGGUUUGGAAGACAACUACUGGAACAUGUAGAUAACCCAGACAGAGCCAUACUACGGAAUCAGUUCCAGAAGGUAGUUAGAUGUAUACAGAGACUUCGAUUGCAGAGAGGCCGCAACAUAGUAAGAUACAAGGUCUACCUGCUUAGGCUAGCAAGUAUGAAUAGAAUCGAAUUUAGAAACCCUCCUGAGGACAUCAGGACAGCAAAGAUAGUUAACGCUCUAGAGGACCGUCUGUAUGGGAAAGUUUUUGUUGAGCUUGGAUGGAAGCCCGAAGGGUGUAGGUACUACAACAGAUGGAUGGAGCGCACAGGUGGUAACAUAACAGAAGCAUGA